AUGUCUUCUGCAUUGACAACAACUUCUCUACCACUUCCCUUGAUCGCCAAAGGAAAGGUGCGAGAUGUGUAUGAUGCAGGACAAGGUACUCUCUUGUUCGUAGCAACUGAUCGCAUUUCAGCUUUUGACAUUGUUUUGGAAAAUGGUAUUCCAGGUAAAGGCAAACUUCUACACGCUCUUUCUACAUUCUGGUUCAAACUCUUAACUCCUCAUUUGAUCGGAUCACAUGUUUUGGCCGAUUCGUUCGAUGAUUUCCCAGCUGAAUUAAAGGAAAAGCUUGCCGGUGUGAAGGAUCAAGUAGAGAAUCGAUCGAUGUUAGUCAAACGUGCAGAUGUUGUGCCUGUUGAAGCAAUCGUACGUGGAUAUUUGACCGGAAGUGGAUGGAAAGAAUACAAACAACAUGGUACCGUUCAUGGAAUUCGAUUGGCAGAAGGAAUUGUUGAAAGUCAAGAAAUUCCAAACGGUCCAAUCUUUACGCCAAGUACAAAAGCUGAACAAGGAGCACAUGAUGAAAAUAUUCAUCCGGACAAAGUUAAGGAUAUCGUUGGUGCUCAACGUGCUGAAGAGAUUAGCAAAGCAGCAAUUCAACUUUACACCAAAGCAUCCCAACAUGCACGUUCUCGUGGAAUCAUUCUUGCUGAUACCAAAUUCGAGUUUGGCUUGAUUCCACCUUCUUCGUCCGAUCGACAAACUUUGAUCCUUGUUGAUGAAGUUCUAACGCCUGAUUCAUCAAGAUUUUGGGAUGCUAAUGCUUAUAAAGCCGGGGAAUCUCAAAGCAGCUUUGAUAAACAAUACGUUCGUGAUUGGUUAAAAUCAAAAGGUUUAGAUAAAGCCGCAGAUGAAGGUACAAAAGUCAGCUUGCCAUCCGAUGUUGUACAGAGAACAGCAGAAAAGUAUAGAGAAGCAUACGAACGUAUAACGGGAGAGAAGUGGAAUUUGCAGUAG